CAAAAAGCAUCUUUUUAAGUUCUUACUCUCUCCUCUCUCUCCACUCUUUUUGUUUGUAUUCUCGUAUGAACCCAUGGAACCGCAAGAGCAACCUCACGGAACCUCCGGAGACGACUGUUCCGUCUCCGGCUUCGACUCUGCCGAGAAAGUCAUCAUGAAAUGGGACGCCACAGCUUCAGAAGAAGCCAGAGAGAAAAUGAUAUUCACCGAUCCGCAAGAAGUAAAGCUUUACCUCCACGCCGUCGACGAAAUCCAACGCUACCUCUCACCAUCAUCAUCAUCCCCCGAAGACCUCGAGUCCCGCGCCAACUCAGCGAUCCAGAUCGCCAUGGCUCGCCUCGAAGACGAGUUCCGCAACAUCCUCGUCUCUCACAGCUCCCCCAUCAACUCCGACUCUCUACUCUCCUCUUCCUCCUCCUCUUCCCACCUCGAAGUCGAAGAAGACACAAACAACAACAACAACAACAACAACGAAGAUGACGAUCAAGAAGAUGAAACGGAUCUUCUCAAACGAAGCAACUCCAGCAGCUCCACCUCUUCAGCUACAGUUCGGUUACCAACGGGACGUGGCAGCUACAGCAGAUCCACGAGCAGCAUACGCGAGAUCGAGCUGAUCCCGAUCGACGCCGUGAUCUACUUAAGCUGGAUCGCUCGCCGCAUGGUCUCCGCAGGCUACCUCCGCGAGUGCAUUCAAGUCUACGGCAGCGUACGCAAAUCCGCAGUGGACUCCUCCUUCAGGCGCUUAGGGAUCGAGAAGCUGAGCAUCGGAGACGUGCAGAGACUUAACUGGGAGGCCCUCGAGCAGAAGAUCCGCCGCUGGAUCCGAGCAGCGAAGAUCUGCGUGAGAGUCGUCUUCGCUAGCGAGAAGCUUCUCUGCGAGCACGUCUUCGAGAGCGUUGGAGCUGUUAACAUCCACGAGGCUUGCUUCAUGGAGACAGUAAAAGGUCCCGCGAUCCAGCUUUUCAACUUCGCCGAGGCGAUUAGUAUAAGUAGAAGAUCGCCGGAGAAGUUGUUCAAGAUCCUUGAUCUCCACGACGCGCUGAUCGAGCUUUUGCCGGAUAUCGAGUCCGUGUUCGAUCUGAAGUCUUCUGACUCGAUUAGGGUACAAGCCGCGGAGAUACUCUCGAGGUUGGCCGAAGCUGCGAGAGGGAUCCUGUCGGAAUUCGAAAACGCUGUCUUGAGGGAACCGUCGAGGGUUCCUGUCCCUGGAGGGACGAUACAUCCGUUGACUAGGUAUGUGAUGAACUACAUUAGUUUGAUCUCUGAGUACAGACCGACUUUAGUUGAUCUCAUCAUGUCGAAACCGUCGCGAAACGCGACGGAUACAAACGCGCCGGAGAUGGAUUUCUCGGAGGUUGAGAAUAAAGGACCGUUGGCGCUACAUCUGAUCUGGAUCAUACUGAUCUUGCAGUUUAAUCUCGAAGGGAAGUCUAAGUAUUAUAGAGAUGCGGCUUUGUCGCAUCUCUUUGUUAUGAACAAUGUGCAUUACAUUGUUCAGAAGAUUAAAGGGUCGGUGGAGUUAAGGGAAAUGAUUGGAGAUCUUUACUUGAGGAAGCUUACGGGUAAGUUCAGGCAAGCAGCUACUUAUUACCAAAGAGCUGCUUGGGUGAAAGUUUUGUAUUGUUUAAGAGAUGAAGGGUUGAGGACAAAGGGGAGUUUUGCAUCAGGUGUAUCAAGGAGUGCGUUGAGAGAGAGGUUUAAGUCUUUUAAUGCUUUGUUUGAGGAAGUUCAUAGGGUUCAAUCACAAUGGUUGGUUCCGGAUUCUCAGCUUAGGGAAGAGCUGAAGAUAUCUAUAUUGGAGAAGCUUAGUCCUGCUUACAGGUCGUUUCUUGGACGGUUCAGGAGCCAUAUAGAGAGUGGGAAACACCCGGAGAAUUACAUCAAGAUCACAGUUGAAGAGCUGGAGACAGAGGUUCUUGACUUGUUUGAGGGGUUAACUGCAACUCAGCAGCAUCAGAGAAGACGAUCAGAAUGAGAGAUAAGUGCAAUCUUUCUUUCUAACUCUUCUGAGUUUUAGAGCUUUACAAAAAGAUAGAUUCUUUGAAUUUUUUUUCGCAAUUUCGGGUUCUUUGCGUGAGAGCCAAGAACCAAAGUCAAGAAAGGAACUGAUUCAACCUUUGAUUUUUAAUUUUUCAGAUUCAUGAGUUU